UGAGAUUUCAUAUAAAAAGAUUUGGGCUUGGUGCAGGUUCUUUUUCAUUUUCAGAAGAGGAUUCUUCGCCUUUGCAACUUUUACCAACCACAUACAGUAAACAGCUUUUAACAUGAAUUUAAUUGCCGUCUUUGUGCCACUUUUCUGCAUGUUUACAUCAGGAGAGGCGAUAACAUGCAUUAUGUGCAGUGACAUCACGACUACAAACAACGCAGCCUUAAACCUGACUGAUCUCCCACCAGGGACGUGUGAAAAACCACAGGAGUCAGAUUGUACUCCCGAUGCCAAAGGUUGCAUGACCAUGGACUAUAAAAUCACCCUGAUGCACAAAACUGAAGGUAAAAUCGUCAUGACAAGCAUUGAGCGAGGAUGCGCACCCCCUAACUACAAUUACUUGAUCCCCGACGGGGACGCAUGUCUCAACGAAACUUCAACGGGCGUAAUCGCGGCAGCUCUGCCUGAUCCGUCCACUGUGCUUCCUCCUCAUCUUGGGGCGACCUAUGAUAGUCAUCAACUAAGCUUGUGCGUGUGCGACAGCCAAGAUCUGUGUACACCACCAGAACCGGCCAGUCCCACGAAUCAAACGGUUCCAAACGCCGAACCGACUCCAGACAUGGCAGGUACGAUAACUACUGUUGCAUCCGAUGUCACCACGUUGUCCGACUCACCUGGCUGUGAUGAAGAAGUAGAUUCUGCAGCAAAAGUGCUUAUUGCAAGUUCCGUACUCGUUGUUGGUUCUCUUCUUAACGUCUUGUUAUCCAUAUAAUAUAAUACGCAUGAAUCGAAUGAUGUUACUUGUAUGCAAUCCUUUUUAAGAGUGUGGCAUGUUUUAAUACUGCUACCACGUCACACUCUCGGAAGCGACUCCGGAUCGACAAAACAUACUACAUUACCUCCAAAGCCAUAUACUAUCGGUUGGUGUGGAGUCAGUGUACGUGAUGUGACUGUGACGUUAGACCCGUGACUAGUAACACUUGAUGACGUCACACUUUGCAGAUGACUUUUGCCGAAAACAAAAUGAUGCAUAAAUAUAUUAAAAAACAACAACAAAUGAAGAGUAAUUGGAUGAUGAGGGUUGGUUGGUGAAAUGGAAUUUUAUUUUAUUUAGUGACUGGUCUAAUUGGUUUUGGAAAGCUCUGUAUAAAGCGUGUUUAAAAAAGGUGGUCCAACCUUUGAGGGAUUACAUUAAGAAACAAUUCAAAUUUACCAAACAAUGAAAGAGCAAGUUCUCAGAUUUAUAUUGCAACCCUAUACUUGUAUCUCUUUCACCACUUGUGACUCAUAUUAUUGAUUUGAAGAAAUCAGGUACGAAUUGAACAUAUUUUUGAUAUAUAUUUUUACAAACUUUUGGUAACUACACCGAGAUUAAAUAUUCAAAGAUGCAUCAGGCAUGUCAGGUGAGGGAUUUCAUGUUUUAUUCACAUGAUUAAUCGGAAUAGCUCUACUUUAGGCUUCAAUAUAGGGCUGAAGAAGUCGUAGUUUUUUUCAAUGAUCAGCUUCCCUUCACUUCAGCCAUUUCAACAAAUUUGGAAUAAACAUCUGUAAUUAUGGUCAGUAAUAUUUUUUUCAGUUAUGCAUGAUGUCCGUGAUACAAGUUGGGUAUUAAUAAAACAACGAGGAUUUGCUCUUUCUUGUUAUUUUUAAUCUAGACUGAACCGACGAAUCGACCCGGAGUCGUUUUGAUAGGAUUGACUGUCGUAUAUUUUAUAAUUUCUUUUGGUGUGUAUAUAUAAUCAUUGAAAAUAAUGCAUUCUGUGAGGACAGAGAGGGG